UUGACAAUUUAUUGAAACGCGCAGUAGUCUCGUCUUCAUAAGUGCCAAAUAUCGACAUACUCUAACGCGGAGAACACGAUGUAUUUCGUUGGCGUGUUCCUACUUUGGGUUUUUUCCGCCAAUGGUUUGGAGGAACCGAAGCUCGUCUACCCUCGACUCCUCGAGGAACGGUCUUCAGAUGGAGCGAUGGUGAUGCGGGUGCACGACCAACUGACGCUGAACCUUAGGAAAGCAUCAGUGGCGGCUCCAGAAUUGCGAGUCCUUACGGAGGAAGAUGGGGAGACCGUCACGCACAUUUACAACGGCGAAGACAUCGAAAAGGACCUGUACGAAGACGAAGACAACAUUGCGACAGUGGCUGUGACCAGAGACGAGUACGGUGUCUAUAUGAAUGGACUGGUGGGUCCGAAGCACAGGAUCGAGCCAAGGCCAUUCGCGGAAAGAUCGGAAGACGGCGUAGUUCCUCACACCAUCUACGAAAUCGAGCAGCAUGAAAUGUUGGACAGAACUCUCCGGCACACGGAGGGAGAUGAGAAGCCUGUUAUCAGCGAGCGGUGGAAUCAGCAACCGGUGACAGUUCCGGACUCAGUUCAGAUUGAACUAUUCUUCGUUUCGGACGGACCUCAUCACAGACACUUCCCUUCAAAUCAGGCACUGUUGGUGUACUUGUGCGUCAUGGCUAACUCUGUGGGCCUCAGGUACCGUGCGGCGAAGGAUCCCAGAAUAUCACUGAUUGUCACCGGCGUUGAGAUGUCUAAGAUCGAACCAUACGCCGAUUUGUAUCCUCAAAAUCCGAACUAUAUAUACGAUGAAGGAACUCUGAGAAAAUUGAGAGACUACGCUUAUAACAACACGCGUAAAUACAGUAAUCCAGAUGUCGUGUACCUUAUCACCGGACGUGACGUGUAUGCCGUCCUCAACGGCAAAGCUACCGUAAACGGUUUGGGAAUCGGUUUUGUGUCCAGCGUCUGCACCACAUCCUUUGUGGCACUCGGCGAAGACAAGCCAGGACUGUACACGGGCAUGCACACGCUUACGCACGAACUCGCUCACGUCCUGGGUUCGGAGCACGACGGCGAAGCGCCUAAGACGGUCGGGCACCCGGGUGCCCGGAACUGCCCAUGGGAUGCGGGAAACAUCAUGAGCUACAUCGACAAAGGUCCGAGCCACCACCAGUUCUCGACGUGCAGUUUGCUGCAGAUGCAGUACGUCAUCAGGAAAGCGGGACCGAUUUGCUGGGCAGUUAGCAGCACGGGAUACGUGGUGCAGGCUACAUACCCUGGCAUGAUAGUCUCUCAGUUGGCGUACUGCAAAGAGGUGGUACAAGACGCCACCAUGACCAUCGAAUCGUACAGAGUCAUGGAAACAACUUGCAAAGUUCGCUGCAUGUUCUACAAGUAUGAGAGAGUGAUGCGGAACAACUACUACACCUACUACAAGCGAAGUUUCUACCAGGACGCCACUGCACUAGACUACACUACCUGUGGAGGCACGAAGGUUUGCAUACAAGGCGUGUGUGUAGCCAAGCCGAACGAGCCAGCGGCGCCGACGACUAGGAAAUCUCAGCCCGUCACGGUGAAGUCUUCGACCGAAGCCCCAACUAUACCCACAGCUAUCACCACUCCACAAUGUCCCUGCGACUGCAGCAAAGCAGCGCCACCUAGGCCGGCGAUGUACCCUCCACGAAGCAGGAACCCAAGACAAGGGACAGGGACGCAGAACAGUGGUUCAGGACCGCGGAGCUGGGCAGGAAAGGGAAACUCAUAACACGGCGAUUAAUAAAAUUGGUAAAUGAGAACAAUAAAUGGCCAACAAUAG